UUUAGAGUUAUUCCGCUUUGCCAUAUGCGAAAUGUUUACUAGCAGGGUUAUCAGACAGAGUUCUAGAUUGACCCGUGGCUUGUAUCUCGUUCUAGUCCAAAGGUGCACGGCCCAGUUAUUUUCAUCAAUGAGUAAUAUGCCAAAACCAAAGGUUUACGUCACUCGCCGAGUUCCACAGGAGGGACUAAAGGUCUUGGAACCACAUUGUGAGAUUACGCAGUGGGACAGCGAGAAACCCGUCCCCAGAGCGGAGCUCAUUCAACAGGUAGCCGGAAAAGAUGCAUUGUUCUGUUUGUUGACCGAUAAGAUUGACGCUGAUGUCUUGGACGCCGCAGGACCCCAGCUGAAAUGCAUCGGUACGAUGUCUGUCGGGUACGACCAUAUCGACAUAGCAGAAUGCCGUGCGCGGAACAUCCCAGUCGGGUUUACUCCGGAUGUUCUUACUAAUGCCACGGCUGAGCUCACGGUGGGUCUCUUACUUGCCGCGUCCAGAAGGCUCAUAGAGGCGACACAAUCGGUUCGAGAUGGUGGAUGGGGAACGUGGGACCCGUUAUGGAUGCUGGGUCAAGGUUUGGAGGGAUCCACAGUGGGGAUCGUGGGACUUGGACGUAUAGGUAUGGCUGUAGCCAGGCGACUCUCCCCGUUUGGUGUAAGCAAAUUUCUGUAUAGUGGACAUCAUCCCAAAGAAGAAGCCAACGAAGUUGGUGCAGAAUUCGUAGAUUUUGAGACGUUAUUAGGAAAAUCUGACUUUGUGUUAGGAUGCUGUGCCUUAACGAAGGAAAAUCAAGGACUUUUUAACAAAAAGACGUUUUCAAAGAUGAAGUCAAAUGCGGUUUUCAUCAACACAAGUCGAGGCGGACUUGUAAAUCAGGAAGAUUUGUACGAUGCAUUAAAAAGUAAACAGAUAGCGGCUGCCGGAUUAGAUGUGACGUCACCGGAACCACUUCCUACUAACAGUCUUCUACUUACCCUUAAUAAUUGUGUUGUUCUUCCGCAUAUAGGGAGUGCGACAGAAAAAGCACGAGGUGCUAUGUCGGCGUUAACUGGCCGGAACAUUAUGGCUUUCUUACGAGGAGAAAAAAUGCCAUGUCAAAUAUAGUGAUACACAAAAUAAAUUUUAGAUUCUCAAAUCAUA